GGCUCAGCUGGGAAGAGUUGAAUCAGAGUUGUCACAGAGGGAGCGAACACGAAUCACUCAGGCCAUGGGUGACUAUCAGCAGAUGGGCGAUGCGCCUGCGGGGCCUUUGCCUCCGCCCUUUGCGCUCUCCAAGCUUGACAGUGACAAGGAAGGGCUGUUGAAGGGCCUCACGGAUGCGGAGGUGGCCGAGCUGGUGAAGAAGUACGGCUUGAACGAAGUGCCUGAGGAGAAGGAACCUUUGUGGAAGAUGUUCUUGAAACAGUUCACCGGACCCAUGCAAAUCAUGAUCGAAUGUGCCGCCUUGUUGUGCUUUUUGAUUCACAACUGGCCGGACUUCACCAUCAUCAUGGUUUUGUUGAUGACCAACGGCACCCUGGGAUUCUUCGAAGAGAAGAGCGCACAAGCCUCCGUGGAUGCUUUGAAGGCCGGCUUGGAGAAGAAGAUGCCGGUCAAGCGCAAUGGCAAGUUCGAUAGCAUCCCUGUGGUGCAGGUGGUGCCCGGAGAUGUGCUCUUCAUGCGCGGCGGCGACAUUGUGCCGGCGGACUGCUACUGGGUGGAAGGCGAUCCCUGCCAGGUGGAUGAAGCGGCCUUGACGGGCGAGUCCUUGCCGGUGAAGGUCCCGCGCAAGGAUGAUUCCGGGAAGCCCUUCUCGGGACGUCAGAUGUGGUCCGGAUCCAUCCUGAAAGUGGGUGAGUGCCAAGCCGUGGUCAGCCACACCGGCGUGAACACCAUGAUUGGAGAGGCGGCCAAGGCCAUUCAAGAGGCCAGUGGCAAGGACAUCGGCGUUUUUGAGGGGAAGAUUAUUGAAGCCGCGCAAGUGUUGAUUCUCAUCACUGUUGUGGUGGUGACCUUCCUGUUCUACUUCAUGUACGUCGUCCAGGGGGUUGAGAUCACGGAAGUCUUGGAGAUGUCGCUGUCCUUGGUCAUUGCUUCCGUGCCCGUGGCCCUCCCCAUGGUGAUGAAAGUGACUUUGUCCAUUGGUGCCAAGGAAAUGUCGGACGAAGGUGGCAUUGUAACUCACUUGACUGCGUUGGAGGAGAUUGCUUCAAUGAAGGUCUUGUGUUCCGACAAGACGGGCACCCUCACCACGGCCCAGAUGACGGUCUACUACGACGAGACAGCCAAGGCCUACAACGGCUUCUCUGCAGAGCAGGUCCUGGAGUUUGCCUCCCUGGCAUCCAAUGAAGCCAACAAGGAUGACCCCAUUGACUCUGCAGUGCUGCGUGCCUAUGCCAAAAGCAAGGGGCUCACCAAUGGCUUUAUGGGCUUCAAUCCGAUCGUGAAGCGUACCUGCGCUGCGGUCACGGCAAAGGAUGGCACAAAAUGGUUCUGCACCAAAGGCAUGGUGGACGUGAUCUUGAAGACAAACCCCGAUGAUGAGGGAAAGCAGUGGACUGUGGACAACUAUGAGGAAAUGUCCAAGCAGGCGCACAAGGCUGAUGCGGAUUUGGGCGUCUCGGGCUUCAAGACCCUGGGCGUGGGAGUGUCCAAGAAUGGUGGCCCUAUGCAGUUCAUCGGCAUUUUGCUCAUUAUGGAUCCCCCAAGACAUGACACCAAGGAAACCAUUCGAAAGAUCAAAGAAGCACAGGUGGCAGUGAAGAUGAUUACCGGAGAUCAUCACAACAUCGGAAAGGAGUUGGCCCGCCAGAUCGAUUUGGGCACGGAUAUCCGGACGCCUGAUUGCUUGCAGCCACCCAGUGAUGCCCGUGAUCUCAUCGUGAUGCAAGCGGACGGCUUUGCGAAGGUGAAGCCACUGGACAAGCACGAGGUGGUGCAGGUGCUUCAAGACAAGGGCCUCGUGGUUGGCAUGACAGGUGAUGGUGUGAAUGAUGCUCCUGCUUUGGCCAAAGCACAAAUUGGCAUCGCCGUGCACGGUGCGACAGAUGCGGCCAAGUCAGCUGGUGAUAUCGUUUUGACCAAGGACGGUCUCUCCCCCAUCUACACCGCCAUUCAGAUCUCUCGGCGUAUCUUCAAGCGCCUGAAAUCCUAUGUGAUCUACCGCAUUUGCAUCACAGUGCAGGUGGUCUUCUUCUUGGCCGCCCUCGCUAUCUUCUACAACCUCCGCUUCAAGGCGCUCUAUAUCAUUCUGUUGGCCUUGUUCCACGACCUCCAGAUCGUCACCAUCGCCUACGACCAUCAAGUGGCUGGCGCAAAGCCUGAGACACCCACAGUCUUGGGAUUGCUCUUGCAGAGCUAUUCCAUGGGCAUUCUGAUGUUUAUCCAGACGAUGUUGCUGGUGUCCUACGGCCACCUCUUCCUCUCGGACGCCUACGGAGAUGGCUACUUUGAAAGCAUGAGCAGCAAGAUGGCCGGGAAUGAGAUGAACAAGUACAUGGAGACCACGAUCUUUCUGCAGAUCUCCAACUCCUCAGCAAUUUUGAUCUUCUCUGCUCGUACUGUUGGCUUUUUCUUCUCCACCAUGCCGGCAUGGCAGUUGACCUUUUCCACUGCCUUGGGACAGGUGCUGAUCAACAUUUGGUGCUUGUGGGCACCAACAGGGCUGGUGGAUAAGUUGAGCCCUUCCGACGUGGCCAAGGUGUGGCUCUAUGACAUCGCCUGGUUGCUCUUCUUGGACCUGGUGAAGAUGACAGCUGGGAGGCUUUGGGACAAGUACAAGCCUGCCACCAUCGACCGCAACCCAGCCUUGCAGGCCAAGGAUCGCAACAGCCGGCGCAUGUCCAACAACUUGCGGCCCUCCUACAUGUUGGCACAAGCGGGCGGAGCCGAGUUGGGAGCCAAGGUGGCGCAGCUUCCCGAGGGCGCCCGAGCUCCAGUGAGGCGCUCCACUGCCAUCGCCGCCAUGAGCAGCGACCAAAAGCACGGCACCGCGCGAGGCACCGCGGCGAGGCGUGAGACCCGUUUUUGGGCUCCAACUCCCAUCCGCGGACCUCCGUGGGCGGCGGCGCUGGGCGUGGCGGACGUGGGGAGGUGCGAUUGCCUUGAUGAGGACGCGGCCGAGGAAGGAAGACCUUUGACUUGGACCUAUGUCGGUCAAGGUAGAGGCGAUUGGGCGGAAAACAAGCAAUUGGAAUUUGUGGGUCACGGCAAAGGAGCCUUCGUGGCCGACCGAGAGAAGAAGCCCGCUGGAUGCUGCAGGGCGAGUCUUCAGAUUGCUUGCUGUAUGACUUUGCUGCUCUUGGUGCCGCUGAUUGUUUGGGUCGUAUUCUUCAGGACUGAAGCUUACAUGUCGGUCUUGAAUGUGGGCCAUGAUCAAGAGGUCCAGCCACAAGUGUGGAGCUGCUCAUUGCCCAGAAGCGGCGCGCCGGCGGCAGGAGCGGGUCUCCAAGAACCUAGGCCCUUAGGCUGCUGCUCCACCACCAGCCUCCGCGUCACGUGGCGUCCGGGCGGUUUGAGGUGGACGGCCUUGGACUUGGACGCCGAUGGCUACGUGCCCAAGAGCUCCUUGGGGUUGUGGCAGUCGCAGAAUUUGAUCUCCGCCACGGCCACGCAGCGGCUCAAUGCCACGAAGGCGCUCAAUGGGAUGAUCAGCAAUGACGAGUACGUGGAGGCCCUGCUGGACGCCAACGCCAGCGUGUUCGGGGACGAGCGUUGGAUCAGUGGGGCCUGGCUGAUUUGUGACAAGAACCAAGACCACAAGGUCACCAAGAUCGAGAUGGGCUUUCUUCAGCGUCAUGGGUCCUUAAAGUCCAGCAUUGACCAACAGCUCUGGGCUGCUGAUGCCAACUCCGAUGGCGCGUUGGACCGUGAGGAGUUUGCUGCCGGCCUGGCACUGGUUGCUGCUCAUGGGCAAGGUGCCAUCAUGAAUCUCUUCAACGAGAUUCAAAGAAUGUAUUGGCCCCAGGAAAAGCGGCAAUUCUGUUGCAGCUCACAGGGCAUUUGCGCCUCAGACAUAGCAGUCCUCCACAGCCCGGUCGUGGUGAGCACGACCAUGGGAGUCACUUAUGAUUGCGCAACUGGCAAAGAUCAUGUUGAAGGCUGGGCUGAGAUGCGCCGUGCCUGGUGCUGCAGCCGGCACAGUGUGGGCUGCUUCUCCACGGUCAAAGCCCGCUAUGACUGUGACGAAGGCUUUCAAUCCUGGCAGACCGGUUGGACCCUGAAGAAGCAGGAGUGGUGUUGCGGGCACCUGGGCAAAGGCUGUGCUCAGGAGAAGCCACAAGGUCAGAUCUCAUACACCUUGGGUGAAGAAAGCCAUGAUGGCCUUCAUGAUCAUCACGUGGCGUUUCUCCCGGUGCACGCGGACUCCGACGCCGAGAACCUGGUGCUUCCGCCCGCGAUCGAGGCGCCCGCGGCGCCGAUCGCAGCGCCGAUCGCGGCGCCAGCGGCUCCGCCCGUGCCUCAUGUCCACGAAGCUGGAUUCAUGACGCCCACCGUGAUCGAGGAUCCCAUUGUCGAUCACUUCCAUGGACCCUCCAGUGGUUUGGCGGGCAAGGUGCUCUACCACGAGAAGGUGCAUGUCUACAACACAGGGGAUGAUCACUUGGACCAAAUCCUCCAGCAACCGAGCCCUGUGGAGAGCCUGGCGUAGGCACCCUCGGUGGGGUGGCCCAAAAGCGACGGACGCUUCCAGAGUUUGGGAUUGAAGCUGGGUUUGGGAGCCUCAUUUCCUUCCACUUUCGGUUACAAAAAGGAAGAUGGAGGCGAGGCCAAACUGCUAGCCAGACCAGCCAGUGGUUCUCAAAGGCUCAAGCCCUCGAGUGAGAGACAUCAAACACGCAGAAUGAUUCUCAAAGCGAACCAGGCCAGCAGUGAUGCGGC